AUAACCGAGCGCCGACGGCACCGCGCAUCGAUUCUGAAGGGAGCGGGCCGUUGCCGCUGCCUUUGGGGAGCGUUGCGCUCCCCGUCGCCCGGGCCGCCUCUCGCCGCCCCCGUUCUUCCCCUCCUUGCUCUCCGUGCUGCCGCGGCGGCAGCCAGGUGCCUCGGGGGCCGGCCCGGGCCGGCUGGCGUCGGUGCCGCUCGUUCCCUUGCCCGCCCGCGGCCCCCUGCGCCCCGCUGGUGUCGGCCCCGGUGCGCGUCAGAAACUGCCCGGUCGAGCCCGUCUUCGCUCCUGCAGACAGGCGCGAUAGGUUAAGAAUAUGAGUCUCUACAACUUGGACCGCUUUCGCUUUGAGAGGAAGAGAAAAAACGCGGAGCAGGAAACUGUGUCUCCUUCGGCCGCCCAGGUGCAGGCAGCUAAUUCUACUGCGGCGGGUAGCGCUGCUGGAGGGGAUGAGGAGGAAGCUACGGAUGAUAGCAACAGGCCAGAUACUCCAGCUUCGGAUGUGACAGAGAUAACUGGGUACUCCACCAUCCCAGAAACUCCUGAAGCCAAGAGGACAAGGAAAAAAUCUUAUUUCAAGCAGCGAAGAGGGGUACAGUUCUUAGAUGUGUCUUCAGACAGUGAAGAUGAAGAACCAAGGAACGUCAGUGCUGCGAAAGAAAACAGGGCUCCAAGGAGAGAUGCGGUUGUAAUCUCUGAACAGUCUGAUGAUGAUGAACAGCCUGAAAGUGAACUACCCCGGUUGGCGUAUGUAAAUGGUGGGGAUCAGCCGCCAGCUGUGAAGAAGGGCGUAGAGGAAGACAUCAGAGACACAAAGCUGCAAACACUGAAGGAACUUUUUCCCCAAAGAAGUGACCAAGAAUUACUACAGCUGAUAGAAUCAGCACGUACGAUGGAUGAAGCAAUAGCUGCUGGUUUGAAGUUCAAUGAUGAAGCUGCCUCUCGUAAGAGGAAACUGAAAGGUUCUCCCACAAAUUGCAAAAACAGCAAUGAGCGAGCCACAAAAAAGGCAAAAGAUAAUUACCUGGGUGAGUCAGAACCCCAAAGACAAUGGGAGAGGCAAGAGAUGCUUGUGAAGAAGCUGCAAAAUACAUUCCCUGGACUGGAUAAGGAGGAACUGAGAGAUGUACUUCAGGAACAUAAUUGGGUGUUUCAUGAAGCACUGGAGGCCCUGAGAGUAUUUGCAGAAGAUGAUGAGGGCAUGGAAUUUCCUCCCAAAAGUGAAGCUUCUGACUGGACUGAAGCCUCCGCCAAGAGCAGAAGCGAUGAGAGUAAAGAGAAGCCAAAGCAGAAAUCUUCCGGGAAAGAGCAGAAUGGCUUUCGGAAGAAGGACAAAGGCAAAAGGAGCAUUUGGAGUACUAAAAGAGAAACAGAAGACUCAGAGGACGAGUCAGCUUCUGAAGAUGGUGGUAGCUCCCUUGAUGAGGACUACAGCAGCAGUGACGAAGUGAUGGAGGACAGCUACAAAGCGAAAAUCCUCAGCUUCCUGCAGGAUGCUUCCCCAAGCGAAUUGACUUUGAUUCCCCAGUGUUCUCAGAAAAAGGCUCAGAAGAUAAUAGCGCUCCGGCCCUUUAACAGCUGGGAGUCUCUGUUUACAAAAAUGACUAAGACUACUGGUUUGUCAGAAGACAUAGUGUGGAACUGCAAGAUACUGCUGAAGGAGAGGGACGUGGUUCUAAAGCUCAUGAAUAAAUGUGAAGACAUUUCAAAUAAACUGACAAAACAAGUAACCAGGAUUACUGAAGACAGAGGAUGUGGAUGGAACAUAGAGCAACCCUCCAUUCUGAAUCAGAGUUUGGAACUCAAGCCAUAUCAGAAGAUUGGUUUGAACUGGCUAGCACUGCUGCAUAAACACGGAUUGAAUGGCAUAUUGGCUGAUGAAAUGGGUUUAGGAAAAACAAUUCAAGCGAUUGCAUUUCUAGCUUAUCUCUACCAAGAGGGCAAUAAGGGUCCCCAUUUGAUAGUUGUGCCAGCUUCAACAUUAGAUAACUGGAUAAGAGAAGUUCAUCUGUGGUGUCCUGAGCUGAACGUUCUUUUUUACUAUGGAUCCCAGGAAGAUAGGAAACAUCUCAGGGUGGACAUUAGUAAUAAAGUUGUCGAUUUCAAUGUGAUUGUAACUACAUACAACUGUGCAAUUAGCAGCUCAGAUGAUCGAGGACUGUUUCGCAGGUUGAAGCUAAACUAUGCGAUUUUUGAUGAAGGUCAUAUGCUCAAGAACAUGAGCUCUGUACGCUACCAGCACCUUAUGACAAUUAAUGCAAAGAAUCGCUUACUGCUAACAGGGACUCCGGUUCAAAAUAAUCUGUUGGAAUUGAUGUCCCUCUUGAAUUUUGUCAUGCCGCAUAUGUUCAGCAGUAGCACAAGUGAAAUCCGAAGGAUGUUCUCUUCAAAAACAAAGAGUGCUGAAGAACAAAGCAUAUAUGAGAAAGAGAGGAUUGCACAUGCAAAGCAGAUAAUAAAACCAUUCAUCUUAAGAAGAGUAAAAGAUGAGGUGCUUAAACAACUACCUCCCAAAAAAGAUCUCAUUGAAUUAUGUGCCAUGUCUGAGAAACAGGAGCAGCUUUACUGUGAUCUCUUAAACAAGCUCAAGAAAACUAUUAACAGUAAUGAGAAAAACUCUGAUAUGGGAAAUGUAAUGAUGCAACUUAGAAAAAUGGCUAAUCACCCUCUCUUGCAUCGUCAGUAUUACACGACUGACAAGCUCAGGACAAUGUCCAUGCUUAUGCUCAAGGAACCCACACAUUGUGAUGCUAACCCUGACCUUAUCUUUGAAGAUAUGACAGUAAUGACAGAUUUUGAGCUGCAUUUGCUCUGUAAGCAAUAUUCUCACGUCGGUGACUUCAAGUUAGACAUGGAUCAGAUCUUGGAUUCUGGAAAGUUUAGAGCGCUGGAACGCAUUCUCUCCGACCUUAAAGAGAAGGGUGACAGAGUUGUAUUGUUUAGCCAGUUUACUAUGAUGCUGGAUAUCUUGGAAGUUUUCCUAAAGCACUGGCAGCAUAGAUACAUUAGGUUGGAUGGAAAAACACAGAUUUCUGAUCGAAUACAUCUAAUAGAUCAGUUCAAUACAGAUAUGGGUAUAUUUGUAUUCCUCCUGUCAACCAAAGCUGGUGGCUUAGGAAUUAAUCUGACCUCGGCAAACGUUGUUAUUCUUCAUGACAUUGAUUGCAACCCAUACAAUGAUAAGCAAGCAGAAGAUCGAUGCCAUAGAGUAGGUCAGACAAGAGAAGUAAAAGUCAUAAAGCUAAUCAGUAAGGGGACUAUUGAGGAAUCCAUGCUCAAAAUCAGCCAGCAGAAAUUGAAGUUAGAACAAGAUAUGACUGCAGCAGAUUCAGGAGAAGAAGGAACCAUUCCAGCAGAUAUAGCCACACUAUUGAAAGCUUCGUUAGGUCUCUAAAAUGUAAAUAUGUUGUGGAAUUCAAGGAAAAAAAGGUGAUGAUGUACUCCAAGGACUCUUACAUUACUGAUGGCCAUGAGUUUUAUGAACAUUUAUAACUUUUUGUAGUUUCUUUAUUGUAUUCCUCAUGGUAUUGAAAAUUUUUAACACCGAUAGCAUUCUUUUGAUGCUUAAAAACAUAAAUGGCCCAAAUGUGCCAACAUUGGAUGCUGAAUAAACAUUAUUUUACAGAUCACUUUUCAAAAUGGGGACCUAAGUAGUAAUUGUUUUAACAAAUCUGCUACUGCUUAAGAUUUGUCAGUAUUUUUGUAAUUAUUUCUACCUCCAAAUAUAUAUAUAUAAACUGUCUGUUUCACUGGAUUACAUGUGUAGAUUUUUUUAUAUGUGCCUUAUUUGACAAUGCUCGAGUCUGUUUCUGCUUUGUUUUGGUUCAUUUGAUGUACCGUACUGGUUUUGUAUCAACUUGUUCAAAUAAAAUUCCAUAGAUUAACAAAA